UGCACAAAUUGUUAGUUUGUACUUGUACCUUUUUUCUGAUUUUAAUCAGCGAAGUAUUAAUUAUUUACGACUAUUGAUUAUUGUAAAUGAAUAAUACAAUUAAUCAUAAAUAUAGCACUAUAGUAAUUCUAAAAAUAUUCAAUCAAGCAAAAAUUUGCCGGGCAAAAAAAAAACAUUGCUUUUACUUGGAUUUUCUCGUUAACGCAAUAGAAAUUAAAGACAAAAUUCUAUCGUUAAUUUAAGGGAGACUUUAAUUUCGCAAUAGAAAACGCAGUGUAAACCUGAAAUAAAAUUAUUACUGCUUGUAUCUUGCAUUUAUUUGCAUAAUACAAUGAAUUCAUUAAAUAAUGUGUUUUCGUCACGUAUGAUUGUUGGAGCGGCAAUUGUCGGCAUCGUAGGCGCUGCUGGCGUCUUCAUAUAUGAACAGAUGUAUGCGGAAAAACGAAGAGCCAUGCUAGUGCGAGAAGUAGCAAGAUUAGAUAACCAGAUCGCAUCAAUGAGGACGGAACUCGAGAGUUUAAGAGAACUGCAGAAAGAAACACACCUUCGGCGAGUGAAACAAAAAAAAUCUGGCAGACCUCGACCUGAAAGGGCUCCAAAGAAGUCUGCACCAAGUGGAGAUGUUGUUGAUGCACCGGAACAGAGCUAUGCAUCGGACUCUGAAUAUUACACCGAUUACCAAUCUAUAGGUGGAACCGAUGCUGAGAUGGACAGUGAGGAGUUCUAUGAUGUUCACACGGAUGAUGAUGAUGAGGAUGAUGACACAUUGAGAGCAUCCAUUAGAAAUGGUCUCAUGGCUAAUUUGGAAGAGGAUCCAUUGGAUAAGAAUGACAGUCCAAAACUAUCGAUAAGAAAUGCAACUUAGCUUUAAAUAUAUAAAUAAGAUUGUAACGAAAGACUUUUCGUACGGGAUCGGUACGCUAGGAAUGGAUAUUAGCAUUAUUAUACAUUUACAUAGAAAUAAAUACAUAUAGUCGUUGUCAAACUAAAAUCUGCUUUGAGCACUUUUCAGAUUUUUACUUUUUGACCUUUUCGUAUAGUUCACAGCCCUAUCUACCGUAUAAAAAAAAACUGU